AUGGGUGGCUCAAUCAAUCCCAAAGGGUCGAUGUUCGGCAAGGUGCGAAGGCGAAGCGCUAUCCUUAAACCGCUUUCCAGAAGCCUUCUUGGAGAUUCAACCCAACCUUUAUGCGUUAUUGUCGAUGGAAUCCGUGAGAAGUGGUACCAUAUGAUUCUCAAACGAACAGGUAGAUUCAAGACAGACAGAAAUGAGUUCAUUGAUCUAGACUUUAAAAGAAAAGGUGGCAGCAAGCACAUUUAUUUAAACAAUUGUGUUCAGAAAGAAGCCGAGAAUGAAAGAGAUUAUGAUUCAAGUUCUACCAACCGUGUACUACGGUGGCUUCCCUUAUACUUCAGUAACCGGAGAUAUUGUACUUUCGAUAAAUGCUCAACGGUAAGUCUUCAAGACUCCUUGGAGCCGGACCCAAUCACUGCUUCUAAAGUUGCUUUUGAAGCUUAUAACCUUGCCAAAUAUUUCAAGUUGAGGACCGACCCGAAGCUCUAUCUGAUCUGCUUCACUUGGUCGAUGAACUCUUCCUGCUUCCUCCCUUGGUGA